AUGGAGUUUUUUCCAUUAAAUAUAUUAGAAUCUCUGAGAAACAGGGUACUUCAGUUACUUCACUCUUUUACACAUUUUUUAAACAUAAUUGAUCACUCGGAUGCUUUACCUUCAUGGAAAGUUCUUAUUUCAAAUUUCAAUACUCUUUUGUCUCAUGUAGACUCAAUUUCAUUUUUGCUACAAGAGUCUGAUAUAUUAAAAGAAACUAAAGUUUUUCCAUCAUCUAACUUUCCAGUACGUCAACAAGAGGGAUUAUUAACAACCCUUUUGCGUAAAAAGGUUGCACCGGAAACUGAAGAAUGGGAAGCUGAAGGUCGUCUUUUAGGGACCAAUGCAGAAGAAAGUACAUCUUUUUAUGAAUGGGCAAAAUAUAUAGUUAUGCAGGAAAAAGAAAAGAGAAAUUGGAAGGGAUAUUAUACUCGUGAACAAGAAUUAGAAAUAAGUCAAAACAAAACGUUUAAUCAAGAAGAUACACUUGAAGAAAUAAGAAAAAAGAGAAAACUCGAAGAAACAGAAACAAAGGCUAAAAUGAAUGAUGUAUUAUUAUUCAUGAGGACAGGAAAAUUAGAAGCAAAAUCUUGA